AUGCCCAGCGUCAAUGGAUCUCCCCCGGGAACCUUCCAGAGACACGUGGAGGACAUGCGCAAUCUGUUAUAUUGCAACAUAUGCUUCCGGCCUUUCUACGAACCCUUCAUACUCGGAUGCGGGCAUACCCGCUGCUACUCAUGCUUGGCCAGCUGCUUUAGUAGCGCGCCGGAUGGGAGGAGACAUCGGGAAUGCCCCGACUGCAGAGCGGUCGUCACCGUGCAACCAUCCCCCAACUACCUCCUGCGCAACGUGGUCCACAUGCUCAUUAGCCGAGUCGAGUUACUGCCCGAAGACGAGACGGUCGAAGAACAUCGAACCGCAGCCAGAGAAGAAGCAGACUUACUCGGGGCAGACCGGACCGGACCUGGUCUGUUCCGGGGUGUCUUCGCGCGAGGAGAUAAUGUCCCUCGUUGUCCAGAGUGUCAAGGGCAAUUGGAAGAAGGAGAGUGCUUGCAAUGUGGCUUUCGCGAGUCCGAACCUGGUGGAGAGGGUCUCUCUGAUUCGAACGAUAAUAUUUCCGACAAUACAAGUUUCGCCACAAUCCAGGAGGAGUCCGACGGGAUAGAAAUCGAAAUCGAACGGUUACGUCAAGAGCACGGCGCUCGACCAAGUCAGAGGAUUCCGAGAACGCCUAUUCGUAUCGUCAUCAGCGAUGAAGAUGCGGGCACUGAACAUGGCGCUUCAAGUGGUUUGGAUGGCACCACCGAUGGCGACUCAGACCAAGACGAGACCGAGGACGGUGAAUCGUUAUCCGAUGAAUCUGGUGACGCGGCAAUGCAACCACCGCGCUCCACCGCACGUCGACUGCAACACCUGCAGUCUCGGCGAGCACGAAGACCCGGAACGGCGCGUACUCCAUUUUCAGGUCGGCGCGCUACGAGAAACAGACUACUCCAGGGCAUUAAUUCAAGGAUGCGCGAGCUCGAGGCCUUCAUUGCUACUGGAGUGAGGUGA